AAUAAACACAAGGUUAUGUUUUUAAUAAGUUGAUCGAAGUUGAUUGUGAUUGUUUGUUUACUUGCUUUCCAUUAAAGUUAAUAGAAGAAUAUGCAGGUCUCAAGUGAUAAUGGUAGGAAGAGAAUCAAUUUCGAUGUUGUCCCUAUCAAUGCAGUAAAGGGCAAGAAACGCAAGGUGAGUGUAUCCAGCACUGAUUCGAGCAGUGAUUCUUCCACCUUAAACAAAGCAAGCAUUUCAAAGAAAGUGAAAUGCAAGAAAAGGAAAAUGGAUUUCUCUAUUCCGAAUAUAUUGGGCAUGGACUGCCAAACCACACCAAAAUGUCGUCCGAAGAGGGACUACCAUGAAAUUGAAGAUAUUUUAUCCGAGUGCGAAAUGGAGCUAAAAUCAAAAACUGACAAACUAAAUAAGUCUCUUCCAUCAAAAUUAAGCAAACCAUUGAAAGCACCAAGGAAAUCAAAGUUUGCCAUCAUUGAAACAUCUGAUUCUGAUGUUAGUGCGAAUGUUAAGACACAAAAGUCUAAUAUUUGUGGUGAAACAGUGCAAGGAACAAAGGAAAUAUUGCCAGAAAUAGAUAAACAAAUUCCAAGUACAUCAUCCAAAAAGAAGAGUAACAAAAAUAAGAAAGAAGAUUUUCAGAAUCUGCUGAAAUUAAUUGAAAAUGAUUUUUCAAAAGAACCAAACUAUGAAUCUGAUAAAUCUACAAGCAAAAGAAAACGCUCAAUCAGUAUUAAUGAAUUAAAGGAUUUGUUAUCAGAAGAUAUAGCUAGUGAUAUUCCUAAGAGAAUUAAUAAGGAAACAAAUGCAGGUGCAUUGACUAAUAGUGAAAAACCAAUAAAAGGUAAGAAAAAGAAAAGUUUUAAUAAAAGCAUUGAAAAUAAUGCUGAGCAAAGAGCAACAAUUACCAAAGAUGAAAAUCUCAUAAAUAUAAUAGAUAUGGUAACAGUGAAUCAAAAAGAUCAUCCUGCAAACAAAUCUGUGAAAGAUAACAAAAGUCUGAGGAAGGUAAAUGAGGAAUUAGCAAUAAAUCCUAAAGAACAAGUUGAUGCUAAUAUCUUGGUUAUUAAACAAUCUAAAGGAUCAACAAAUACAAAACGAGAAAAUCCAAAGCGUACUUUAAAAAAAUCGUCGAAAGAAAAGGAAGAAAACGAAAAUGUUAUUAGCUUGGAUUUAUUAACUAAUGGUUUGAAAUUGGAGAAAGAUAAUUCACCUAAUGAUGACCGAAAACACGAGAAGAAAAAAACAUCCAAAGCAAUUAUUUGUCCAAAGGAAUUAAUGUCGUCAAAAGAAUCUAUUAAUACAAAUAGAGACAAUACAAGGAAGGAUGAUGAGGAAUUAACCAAUGCCAAAGAACAUGAUGAUAGUAAUAUAUUGAGGAUUAAGGAAUCUCCAGAAUCUGAAUUGUCAAAUUCUGAUGAAAAUUUGCAAGAAGCAAAUUUAACAAAAGGCAAUGUUAACAAAAAACGUAAAAAGAUACAAUUAUCGAAACGUAGUAAUAUAAUGGAUAACAAGGAAUUAAAUGUGUUGGAUUCAUCAACCUCACCAAUCAACCAGAAAAAAAGUGUUGAAGAAACAAUAACGUCUCUAAAUGAAAGUAUGAAUAUUAAAAUUGAGGAGUGUAUAAAUGAGCAAGAUAUUCACCAUGAAUUUAUGAUAAAGCAAUCUCCACAAGCAUCUGAAUCAGAAAUGGACAAUGGUAAUUGUACUGACAAUGAAGAUGAACAAUUGCUGGAAAUAAGAUCUACAGUUGACCUGAAACAAUUCACGAGAAAUACUGUGCUGUGUUUGAAUGAUAUUAAUAGUGAUAGUGAAUGUAUUGCACAAAAUGAUAAUAAUAUCUUAUCGCAACAAACGGCAAAUAAAAUAACAGAGGAAACACGAUCAGCAAUACCGACAGAAACAUGUAAAAAUGUCAGUAUUGCAAAUGUUAAGACACUACAAAAGUCUAAUAUUUCUGGUGAAACAGCUCAAGGAGUACAGGAAAUAUUGCCAGGAAUAGAUAAACAAAUUCCAAGUACAUCAUCCAAAAAUAAGGCAAGCAAAAGGAAGAGUAACAAAAAUAAGAAAGAAGAUUUUCAGAAUCUUCUGAAAUUAAUUGAGAAUGAUUUUUCAAAAGAACCAAACUAUGAAUCUGAUAAAUCUACAAGCAAAAGAAAACGCUCAAUCAGUAUUAACGAAUUAAAGGAUUUGUUAUACGAAGAUAUAGCUAGUGAUAAUCCUAAGAGAAUUAAUAAGGAACCAAAUGCAGGUGCAUUGACUGAUAGUGAAAAACGAACAAAAGGUAAGAAAAAGAAAAGUUUUAAUAAAAGCAUUGAAAAUAAUGCUGAGCAAAGAGCAACAACUACCAAUGAUGAAAAUAUCAUAAAUAUAAUAGAUGUGGUAACAGUGAAUCAAAAAGAUCAUCCUGCAGACAAAUCUGUGAAAGGUAACAAAAGUCUGAGGAAAGUAAAUGAGGAAUUAGCAAUAAAUCCUAAAGAACAAGUUGAUGGUAAUAUAUUGGUUAUUAAAGAAUCUACAGGAUCUGUGAAACAAACAACAAAUACUAAACGAGAAAAUCCAAAGCGUGCUUUUAAAAAAUCGUCGACAGAAAAGGAAGAACACGAAAAUGUUAUUAACUUGGAUUUAUUAACUAAUGGUUUGAAAUUGGAGAAAGAUAAUUCACCUAAUGGUGACAGAAAACACGUGAAGAAGAAAGCAUCCACAAUAAUAAUUUGUCCAAAUGAAUUAAUGUCGUCAAAAGAAUCUAUUAAUACAAAUAGAGAGAAAACAAGAACGGAUGAUGAGGAAUUAACCAAAGACAACAAACGUAAAAAGAAACAAAUAUCGAAAGGUAACAAUAUAAUGGAUAACAAGGAAUUAAAUGUGUUGGAUUCAUCAACCUUACCAAUCAACCAGAAAAAAAGUGUUGAAGAAACAAUAAGGUCUCUAAAUGAAAGUAUGAAUAUUAAAAUGGAGGAGUGUAUAAAUGAGCAAGAUGUUCACCAUGAAUUUAUGAUAAAACAAUCUCCACAAGCAUCUGAAUCAGAAAUGGAUAAUGGUAAUUGUACUGAUAAUGAAGAUGAACAAUUGCUGGCAAUAAGAUCACCAACAGUUGACCUGAAACAAUUCACGAGAAAUACUGUCCUUUGUUUUAAUGAAAUUAAUAGUGAUAGUGAAUUUAUCGCACAAAAUGAUAAUAUCUUAUCGCAACAAACCGCAAAUAAAAUAACAGAGGAAACACGAUCAGCAGUCCCGACAGAAUCAUGUAAAACUUCAGAGUGUAAAAAGAAUGUAGUAGAAAUUUUUAAAAAACCGCGUUUAGCAGAGACAAUUGAACAUAAUAAUGCAGAUGUUGAGCAACAAUUGCCAAUUAAUGAUAUGCAAAUGAGUUUUUCCGAUGACGAGCUUAACAACUCCUUGGUAAUAAAAAGUUUCAAUAGGAAAAACUAUUUGAAGACCAAAAAGCGAAGAGUGAGCGUUUCGAGACACGAUGAAGUGAUUAGUUCGAAAUUAAAUUUAAAUAAUACAAUAAUGUCAAGUAGUAUUCACUUUGAUCCGGUCAAUGAUGCUGCGCAAACCUCAACACAAAAUACCAAACUCGAUGUAUUGAGUAGCAUUAAGAUGGACAGUGCAAAACCAGGAUCAAGUAAGAAUGAUAUGAUGUCGUCAGAUGAGGAUGAAGAAACAAAUGACGGCGCCUUCAAAGAAAUGUUGAAAAUUGAAAUAACAACAAACGAAGUUUUGCCACCAUCUGAGGUAAAUGAUGUACAUGAUAAACUAGUAUGUGAAAGCGUUAUAAAAGAUAAAAAUCAAUCUGAAUUGGAGAAUAAAUUUUCGGCUUUGGAUAGUAUAUAUGAGGAUUGCGUGCAAUCUUUGAAAAAAUGCAAAACAGAGAUAAAGGGUAAAAGCAAAAGAAAACUAUUGUACCUUGGUAAGCAGGACUUAUCUCGAGUUCUCAAAAACGAGCAAAGUAAACUCGUAAAGAAUGCCGAGAGAGGUUGCAGACCGAAGCGUAAUAUAAAGAAUAUCGGUUUCGAUACACAGAAGAUGAUAACGGAAGCUGUAAGAAUGGCCAUACUGAAAAAGGAUUGGGAUAGCAUCCCGUAUUUGUUGUCUCAUGCAAUGGAAAUGGGAAACAAUUAUUUCUCUGGAUAUAUUUCGGAGACGCUGAUGAUGUACUUGAUGGUGCGCAGGAAUGAAGGAAACAAUGAAGAAUUGCUGGAGGAAUGCAAGAAAUUGAUGUUCAGGAAAAGGACUGAAAAAGAUAAAAUUUCAGAAUUGAUGAUGCAUCUGGACGAAUAACAAAAUCUUAUAUUAUGUUAAAUACAGAUUGUUCAAAAUUAUUUUCAUUUGAA